AUGGAUUCAUUCGAGUACAACCCCAACCCUGGCCGUGUCGUUUUCGGCAGCGGUACCUUGCAGAAACUCCCCGAGGAGAUUGCACGACUGCAGGUGAAGGCCCCCUUGGUGCUCUCCACGCCCCAGCAAGUAAGCCAAGCAGAGAACGUCAAGGAUGUCCUCCACGGUCAGAUCGCUGGCAUCUUUUCCGAGGCUACAAUGCACACUCCAACCAAUGUCACCGACAAGGCACUAGAGUAUGCAAAGGCUCAGGGCGCCGACUCGGUCAUUUCCAUUGGAGGUGGAAGCACCAUCGGCCUAGGCAAGGCAAUCAGCAUCCGCACGGGAUUGCCGCAUAUUUGCAUUCCCACGACCUACGCAGGCAGUGAGAUGACCCCAAUCUUGGGCGAAACUGCAGAUGGUCUGAAGAAGACUCGUUCUGAUCCCAAGAUCUUGCCGGGGACUGUCAUUUACGACGUCGAUCUCACAAUGACGCUACCGGCGACUAUGAGUGCCACUAGUGGUGUCAAUGCGAUUGCGCACGCUGUCGAGGCUCUCUACGCGCGCAACACCAACCCAAUCAUCAACAUGAUGGCUCUCGAGGGAACCCGGGCACUUGCGUCUGCAUUGCCUGAGAUUGUUGAAAACCCAUCUUCUCAAUCCGCCCGGUCCAAGGCCCUAUAUGGAGCUUGGCUUUGUGGAACAUGCUUGGGUAGUGUUGGCAUGUCCAUCCACCACAAACUAUGCCACACCCUUGGUGGCAGCUUCAAUCUCCCCCACGCCGAGACGCAUACCGCCGUCUUGCCCCAUGCUAUUUCCUACAAUGCGCCAAAUAUCCCUGAAGCUAUGAAGCAGUUGGCCGACGUGUUGCCGGAGAGCAAUGGGGACGCAAUCCACGGCCUUAACGUCCUCUUGUCCAAGCUCAAGGUCAAGCGUGGUGUGAAGGAUUUUGGAAUGAAAGAGGAAGAUGUGGACAAGGCUGCUGAUAUUGCGCUUUCCAACGCCUACUGGAACCCUCGCCCCAUCGAGCGUGCGCCCAUUCGCGAAUUGCUUCGUAGGGUGUGGGCGGGAGAGGAGGCGCGUGCGGACCUGUAA